GUAGGACGGGGAGAGGACGGGAAGGGUGAAAAGGCAGUUUGGUCACAGCGGGGAUGGCUCUGCCCCCCCCGGACCCGCAGUUUGUGCUCAGAGGUGCCGGUGCCCCCGUCCACGCGCUGCGCUUCUGCGCCCAGGAACCCGCUGUCCCCGUCCUGUUCUCUGGGUCUGAGAACGGGUUUAUCCACGUCUGGAACCUGCAAACACACAGGGUGGACACAGCACUGGAUGGCCAUGGAAGGAAAUCUGUCUACUGUGUGGAGACUAUGGGUGGCAGAGACAGCCUCCUGAGUCAGGGGCGCGACCAGAGGAUCUGCCUGUGGGAUUUGGCAGAGGGACGGACGGCGGUGACGGACUCCAUCCUCACGGAGAACGUGGGAUUCUGCAAAUGCUCCCUGGUAGAGGUGGCACCGGGACGCUGGCUGAUGGCCAUGGCAGCCAAAGCCCUGCAGGAGGUUCAGGUUUUGGAGCUGCCGUCCAAGACGUCAGUCUGUACCUUGAAGCCAGAGGCGGGUGCCAAGCUGGGCAUGCCCAUGUGUCUGAAGCUGUGGCAGCCCAGCUGCGGUUCCCCGUUGCUCCUGGCUGGCUAUGAGGACGGAUCAGUGGUGCUUUGGAAUUUGUCAACGGGAAGAGCGUUGAGCCAACUCGUUUGCCACCAGGAGCCAGUGAUGAGCCUUGACUUUGACUCGGAGAAGGCCAGAGGGAUCUCGGGCUCAUCGGAAAAGGUGCUCAGCAUCUGGAGCCUCAAUGAGCAACAGAACCUCCAGGUUUACAAAACACACGAACUUGUCAACGCUGGCAUAUCUGCUGUCACCAUCCGGCCAGACAAGAAGAUUUUAGCAACAGCAGGGUGGGAUCAUCGCAUCAGGAUCUUUGGCUGGAAGAAGCUGAAGCCCUUGGCAGUGCUGGACUAUCACACGGCCACUGCCCACUGCCUGGCCUUCUCUGACCACAGCCACCCCGCCCAGCGCCUGCUGGCAGCGGGCUCCAGAGAUCACCGCAUCAGCAUCUGGUCCAUAUACACUCAGACGUGACACGUCCUGCCCUGCCAUGGACUAGAAGAGGACCAGGGAAGCAAUUCUUUACACUGCAAUUCAAACCUGGGCGUGGGGAAGGAACAGAAUGUAUUUCCAGGCUGAAGUGAGAGUUCUAGGUUAAUUCUUGAGCUGCUUGUUCGAGCUGCAAGUUUUGUUUUCCAGAGAGGGAAGUGGAUUUUUAAAAUUUAUAACAAGCAGAGCACAGGCAGUCACAAAGGAAGACACAGAACAAGUCACUGAGUUCUGCUACAGGCUUUGCAACAGCUUUUCUUUGGCAGGUUGCUUAAACAACUUGUGCCAUUUUCUACUUUGGUGAAAAAGGACUGGAAUCCCUCAGACUGCGGUGGGGGCAGAAUUAUGUACCCAAGAAGCUGAAUCAGUGUAAAAUAUCACUCUUUCUUGAAAAUUUAUACCCAUUAAACCACCUCCAGUGGGUUCUCAUUGUCAGUUACUUUUUCUUCCCCACAGCUGAAAGGCUAUCAGACCAACCUUGAUUUGUUCACACCGCUGUCAGCUUCUAACUUAAACCAACAGCCAGGAAUGUGACUGGGGACGGCCUUUGGCAUUUAUGAAUUUCAUUAUGUCUCCUGUCACCUCAAGCCUCACAAUUAAUCACAAGAAAGAAAGGGGAAAAAAUCUUCCCCUGCCCAGCACUGCAAAGCUGUGUAAAGCCCUUUACAGAGCCAGUGCUAAAUCCUUUCCAUAGACUGACUAGCUGGAGAAUUUGAACUCAGCAAUCCAAUUAGCGCCCUUCUCCUUGGAGAGUUCGGGGGGAGUUUUAGCGUGGCAAGGCUGGGAUUCAGCCACACAACUCCCAUUAACGUUUAGGGGAAUUGCAUGGAUAAAUCCUUAUCCACACAGCGCAAAUGGCUCCAUUAACUUGUCAUCUCUGCGGUCAUGGGAGCUGAAAUUAAUUUGUGAAGGAUUUUUUUGUUUGAAUCAUGAAGCAGCAUUUGCAUUCUUUUAAAGCAUAUUAGCCACACAACAGUCUGCUCAUGGACAUCUUCCUGUUGUGUCCAGGCUCAAAGCUGCAGUUACAAUUAGGAAGGGCCAGUUUGGUAAAUAGGAGGUGCUCUGGAAACCAGGACUCAGCUUUACAAACUGAAGUGUUCUGUGCCCAGGCUGUGCACUGUUGAUACUUUACUGGAAAUAUUUGUUUCUGCCUCUGUACAGAGCUGGACAUGAAAGAAAAAGUCAUCAGCAUUGUAGUGAACAGCAACAUCAAAAGGCUUUGGAAAUUAUUUCAGGGAAAACACACAAGCAAAUUAAGGUCUGGGUCUGGUACCCAGCUGUGCUUUACAGGCAGAGAAUAUUGUUGGACUAAAAGUCUUACGCACCAAGCCUGAUAUUAUUUCCAUUAAAACACAGAAACAGGGUGCUGCUGCCAGGCUUUCCUCAAUAAAACUUGGCCUUACACAUUUUGGAGUGUGAUAACACUUUAAAUAAUGCAUAUCUUUGAUUGUUUCUUUACUAUUCAGUAGCUGCAUGGGGGAUGGCAUUGCAGCUGAAAGUUAUGCCUAAUUUUGAGUGAUCCUGAGGCGGGGGGGAGGUACUGGUGUUCGUUACAUCAACCACAACUGUGUAGAUGGUAAGUGCUCCAUCUCCACCCACCAUCCCACUGCUCAGUGCUGGAGCCCAACGUGCUUUUGGAUAUCUGAAAAGCUUAGCUUCUGAGCAAAAUUUCAGUUUCCACAGCUUGUCACUCAAAAAACCCCCAAAACCCAACAAACCAAAACCAACCAAACAAAAAACUGUAGGAAAUAACUUCUGAUGCAAAUGCUGUGAUAUUGGCACAAUAGCAGGCCCCUAGCAAGAAUGGAUUAAUUCUCCAUGUCUUAAUAUUAGAUCGGAGCCUGAAAGUUAGAAACUCUUGAGCAUAUUAUUUUCUCUGAAAAAUGCCAUUUACUGUCAAUGGCAUUUUUCAUGUCAAUGCAAUUGUGGAGAUUCUCAAGGGAUGUUUAGAUUUACUCAUAGGUCUUUUGGAAGAUACACUAAAGAUUACUAUGUGCCUUCACAUCAAACUUACUGCCCUUCACUGGGGGUUAAAUAUUGAUGUUUGUCUCACUAGGUAGAUUUAAAAAUAAACUCAGUCAUGCAAACACAAACUGAAAAUAAGGGCAUGAACCACAUCUGUAAUCUUACCAGCAGCCAGACACGGGGGUGAAGAGUUUCAUCAGUGUCAAGAGGAAGGACACGUUGCAGAUCUACUUGCAAGAACAGACCCAUCUGAUCCUUACUUCCCAUUACCAAAGCACUAUCGUGUGAU